AUCUAAUAAACCUUUAUCAUUUGCUAGUCAGAAAUUCAAGAUUGCUCCAUAAAGAUAUAGCGUCAUCUUUACUCUUCUCUCCAUAUCCGAUUUUAUUCAGCUUAGAGAACCACUCAUGGCAGCCUCUCAACAUGCAUUAAAUCACAAAAUCAUCGGCACCAGGCAGCCAGAUAAAACCUAUACCGAUCGCAAUUCCACUCGUGUCGUGGCCAUCAGGUCCUCCGGUGAAGUUGCCAUAAUCCACGUCAAAGUAGGAAACUAUUAUAAACUGCCAGGCGGCGGCAUCGAGGCAAACGAGAGUCACUCCGACGCCGCCCUGCGCGAAGUCAAAGAAGAAACCGGAGCGGCGGUAGCUCUGCGCGGCGACUAUUUUGCCACGACGGAAGAGUUUCGCUUCCAUCUUCAUCAGAUAUCUUAUUGCUAUUUGGCCGAUGUGCUCGACGACACUGGGGAGCCGUGCUUGACGGAAGAGGAGCUUGCUGAUGGAUUUACGUACCAGUGGAUGGAUAUAUACAAGGCUGUGGAGAUUAUGGCUGCAGCGGUACCAACUACAGAAUUUGGAUGUUUCGUUAAAGAGCGAGAUGCGUAUGUUCUCGCCGUGGCUGUUGGAGUUUUGGGAGCAAGACAGGGCUGAAACUGAAACCAUAGCAUGUUGGUAAAAAGGUUAUACGUAAAUGAUAUGAUGUAGAAUACGGAGUAAAACUCCCACUCGAGGCCAUCUUGAGACACUUGCUUCAUACAUGAAAGAUUAGAAGACAUUAUAGCAGCC